GCUUUGGGAAACGGCCUCUCCAUUUGCUGGCCCCACAGUGGUUGCUGUUGUAGUUGAAGAUGUAGACACUCAGCUGAAACUGAUUGGUUUGGGUCCCCACCAUCCCAAGAAGAAGCAGGACCUAGAUAAACUUUAUGAUCUAAAAGCUAAAGCCCAUCAGAUUAUGAACCAGUUUGGUCCUUCGACCUUGAUCAACCUCUCCAACUUCUCCUCGAUAAAGCCAGAACCAGCCAGCACCCCCCCUCAGAGCUCCAUGGCCAACAGCACCACCGUGGCAAAGAUGCCUGGAACGCCCAGCGGAGGAGGACGCCUCAGCCCUGAAAGCAACCAGGUUUUAACCAAGAAGAAAUUGCAGGACCUGGUGCGUGAGGUGGAUCCCAACGAGCAGCUGGAUGAGGACGUGGAGGAAAUGCUGCUGCAAAUCGCUGAUGACUUCAUCGAGAGCGUGGUGACAGCGGCCUGUCAGCUCGCACGGCACCGCAAGUCCAACACCCUGGAAGUGAAGGAUGUGCAGUUACAUCUUGAGCGUCAGUGGAACAUGUGGAUCCCAGGCUUUGGUUCUGAAGAGAUCAGGCCCUACAAGAAAGCCUGCACUACAGAAGCUCACAAACAGAGAAUGGCGCUGAUCCGCAAAACUACCAAGAAAUAACCCUGGGCUGAGC